AUGACCCUCAGAGCUACCGCUGAGCUGCUCGUCCGCUCCGCCUCCGACGUCGUCCUCGUCUCGGCCCUGCGCACGCCCGUCUGCCGCGCCUACAAGGGCCGUCUCCGGGACGCCUACCCCGAGGAGCUGCUCGCCUCUGUCCUCGCCGCCACGCGCGCCGCCCUGCCCGCGUCCGCGCCCGCAUCCGCCGUCGAGGACGUGGCCGUCGGCGUGGUGCUCUCCGAGCUCGGCGGCUCAAAGGCCGCGCGCAUGGCGCUCAACCACGCGGGCUUCCCCGUCAGCACGACGCUGUACACGGUGAACCGCGCGUGCGCGUCGUCGCUGCAGGCCGUCGCGGCCGUCGCGGCGGAUAUCCGCGCCGGCACCAUAAGCGCGGGCAUCGCCGCGGGCAUGGAGAGCAUGACGCGCAACUAUGGGAGUCGCGCGGUGCCGCAGGACGUGUGGCCGGCGCUGCGGGACUCGGAAGAGAAAAAUGUCCGCGACUGCGUCAUGCCCAUGGGGCUGACGUCGGAGAAUGUGGCCGAGCGAUACGGCGUGUCUCGGCACGAUCAGGAUGCGUUUGCGGUGGAGAGCCAUCACCGCGCGGCGGCCGCGCGGGCGUCGGGCGCCUUUGACGCGGAAAUCUCGCCCGUGCGCACGCGCUUCCAAGAAGUCGACAAGCAGGGCAAGCCGGUCGGCGAGCUGCAGCAAAUCACCGUCACCCACGACGACGGCAUCCGCGAGGGCGUCACCCUCGACGCGCUCGCCAAGCUCAAGCCCGCCUUUACCCCGUCUGGCGCCUCGACAGCCGGCAACUCGAGCCAAGUAUCCGACGGCGCCGCCGCGACCCUCCUUAUGCGCCGCGACGCCGCCGCCGCCCUCGGCCUGUCCGGGUCCGUCCUCGGCCGCUACGUCGCCGGCGUGACGGUCGGCUGUGCGCCCGACGAGAUGGGCAUUGGGCCCGCGCUCGCGGUGCCCAAGCUGCUGUCCCGCGUCGGCCUCGAGACGCGCGACGUGCACCGGUGGGAGGUCAACGAGGCGUUUGCGAGCCAGGCGCUGCACUGCGUGCGCGCGCUCGGGCUCGAGGACGCGUGGGCCCGCGGCGAGGUGAACCCGGACGGCGGCGCUAUUGCGCUGGGACACCCGCUGGGGGCGACGGGCGCGCGCUUGGUGGCGACGCUGGUGCAUGGGCUGAGGAGGGCGGCCAAGGGGGAUGUCGGCGUGGCGACGCUGUGCAUCGGCACGGGCAUGGGCCACGCAGCGCUGUUUGUGGCAGAGUAA